CCUUCUCUUCGCCCACUCCCAUCUUGGAGAAGAAGAAGAAGCCGCACUCGCCGCCCCCAUCAAAAUCGCCACGCGAACCCGAAGAGAUCCCCAAACCCUACCACACGCAAGCACGCCCGCGCGCGCACUCGGGAUCCUCGAUUAGGUUCAAGGAGGAGGAGCUUCGAGGAUGUUCCGCAACCAGUACGACACCGACGUGACGACAUGGAGCCCCCAGGGGCGGCUCUUCCAGGUGGAGUACGCCAUGGAGGCCGUCAAGCAGGGCUCCGCCUGCGUGGGGCUCCGAUCCCGCACCCACGCCGUACUCGCCGCCGCCAACAAGCCCGCCUCCGAGCUAUCCUCCUACCAGCGCAAGGUCUUCCGCGUCGCCGAGCACGCCGGGGUCGCGCUGGCGGGGCUCACCGCCGACGGCCGCGUCCUCUCGCGGUUCCUGCGGAACGAGUGCAUCAACCACUCCUUCGUCUACGAGGCGCCGCUCCCCGUCUCCAGGCUCGCGCUCAGGCUCGCCGACAAGGCGCAGGUUUGCACACAGCGGUCAUGGAAGAGGCCUUAUGGUGUUGGCCUCCUUGUUGCUGGACUGGAUGAGUCUGGAGCUCAUCUCUAUUACAACUGCCCCAGCGGGAACUACUUUGAGUACCAGGCAUUUGCCAUCGGUUCUCGCUCCCAAGCUGCCAAGACUUUCCUCGAGCGCAGGUUCGAGGGCUACAACGACUACACCCCAGAGCAACUCAUCAAGGAUGCCCUCUCUGCCAUUAAGGAGACUCUGCAAGGCGAGAAGCUGACCAGCUCCAACUGCACUGUGGCCAUCGUCGGCAGGAAGGACGACGGCACCCUUGAGCCGUUCGAGAUGAUUGACGCGAAGAGGAUCCAGGAGAUAAUCGACUCCAUGGAGGCUGUUGAGGAGGCGCCUGCGGAGCCCAGCUCCAUGCAGGAGGAGGAAAGGGGCUCGGACGCUGCUCCCAUGGACAUCUAGACUGGAAUACACCUCAUAUGAACCCUCUACCCGGCAUUCCGAGUUUCCAAAGACUAGACUAUUUUAGAAAGUUGUGUUGUGACUCUUGUGUACGAUUUGCUUCCAUGCUUCGGCUUUGCGACGGUCUCUUUGACCAACAGUUGGGUUUGGACUGAUUAUUUUAUCAUGUGACGUGAACAAAUCGUUUCGUUCCGGAGGCCGUCCUGACUUUGCAUAUCA